UUAAAGAUUAGGUCUAGAUAAUUGAACAAGUUUCUGAUAAUGAAAUGUCUACAUUUCUUCCCCUAACACAAAACUUUGGUCAGUUCAUUGGAACACUUCAAAUCCACCAUAUAGACUAUUCUAAUUUCUACUGCUAUUAUAAAACAAAAAUUAAGCCGAAGGAAAAUCACCCACAAAAACAGCACUAACACGAACAGAAAACAGAAAAUGGCACUUUUUGUUUCUCUACCAGAAGAUGCAAUUAUGGAGAUCCUAUUAAGGCUUCCUGUUAAAUCCCUACAACGAUUCAAAUGCGUGUCGAAAUCAUGGUAUGAUCUGAUUAAUGAUCCGGGUUUUUUGAUUAAAAAUUACAUUAGUUCAAAUAAUCACGAUUUGCUUCUUAUUAGCCAUAUACACCCUGUUAAAAAACAGUUACUUUCUGUGCUUUCUGAAACACCAGAAAUGAAAACUAGUCAUUUUGAGCUGUCUUAUAAUGCUAAUACAAAUGAAGAGACUAUUAGUUUUGCACAAAUCUUGGGUCCUUGCAAUGGGAUCUUUUGUCUUUUUGAUGGUAAAGAUGGCGCGAUAUCUCUAUGGAACCCUGCAACACGACAGCUGAGAACUUUGCCUAAGUCUCGUGUUGAGCCACCUACCGAUGCUUACCCUUAUGAUACUUGCGUUGGUUUCGGGUUUGAUGUUGAAAGUAAUGACUAUAAGGUUUUGGCUUACAAGCAUAUGUGUUUUCCCUCUUCUUCAACUAUAGCUCAUGCUGAGUUAUAUACAUUACGGUAUAACAAUUGGAAGGAGGUUGAAGUCGGGGAGGAAUUUCAACCAACGGGUAAUUUGCCUUACUCGUCUUCAAAUCCAUCGGUAGAUGGGGUUUUUAGCUGGUUUGAGAUUGAUAAUCGGGUGGAAAAGGUAAUAUUCUCGUUUGAUAUGAAGAACGAGGUUUUUAUGAAAACUCAACUCCCUGAUUACGAUGGAAUCCCUUCCAAGAGAGUACAUGGGUGUUUAGCAUCCUUGAAGAAUAGCUUAGUUUUCAUCCAUGAUUACCCUCUAGGAGGGAUUAGUAAAUGCUUUGAUGUAUGGAUUUUGGGAGAGUAUGGUUUUAGAGAGUCUUGGAUGAAGCAACUAACUAUUGGACCGGUGUGGGGAGUUACAUCACCCUUAGGGUUUUGGAAAAAUGGAGAGCUUCUUUUCGAAGAUGGUCAAGCAAAACUUCUUUCGUAUGAUCCUAUCACCCGAGACAUGAAUGAUCUUCAAGCUCGAGGGAUUGCUUAUAUUUUGCAAGUUCUUCCAUACAAAGAGAGCUUAGUUUGUUUAGAGGGAGAUGAUGAUGAAGAGUCUAACGAUAUCAACAAUAUGAUUCCUUAUUUUGUUACUGAAUGUCCAAAAGAAGAUUUACAAAUGUUAGUAUCUUUAUCUUGUAAUUAAUAUACCCUCUGUCACUUUGAGUUUGCACCUUAACACUCAAAUAUAUAAUAGCCUUUAGUGCAACUCAAAGGGACAAAAUGAGUAUUUCUGUUGGGAAAUGUAGGAGGAAAACAAAGGAUUGGACAAGUUGAAACUUAUAGGUCUGUAUUUCUCUAUAAUAUAAACUUUGUGAUCAUGAAAAUCAAUUAGUCAAGAUUUCCUUUCUGAUGCUACUUCACAAUUGUUACUGUUAAUGAGCCUUAAUAAGAACUUUCAGAUUUUGUAUAUAAUUUAUUAGCAAUAAACUCGACUCAAUUACAUCCUGGAUCAAAUGAUUCAUCCCUCAAACAC